AUGCUUUACUUGAUUGGUUUGGGUCUUUCAUAUACCUCAGAUAUCACUGUGCGUGGUCUAGAGGCCAUUAAAAAAUGCAGUCGCGUUUACCUGGAGCAUUACACCAGCAUUCUAAUGGCAGCGUCUUUGGAAGAGCUCGAGGAGUUUUACGGUAAAAAAGUCUCACUAGCGGACCGUGAAAUGGUUGAAAGUGGUUGUGAAGAGAUUCUACGCGACGCAGACAAAGAAGAUGUUGCGUUUUUGGUGGUAGGUGAUCCUUUUGGCGCUACCACUCAUACCGAUCUGGUUUUAAGAGCUAAAAAACAACAGCUGCCCGUGGAGGUGAUUCACAACGCCUCUGUCAUGAACGCAGUCGGGUCCUGUGGUCUUCAACUCUACAACUUUGGGCAGACUGUGUCGAUGGUCUUUUUCACCGACAGCUGGAGACCAGACUCGUGGUACGACAAGAUCUGGGAAAACCGUAAGAUCGGCCUCCACACCCUUGUUCUGCUUGAUAUCAAGGUCAAAGAGCAAAGUAUCGAAAACAUGGCCCGUGGUCGACUAAUCUAUGAGCCUCCCAGAUACAUGUCCAUCUCACAGUGCUGCGAACAACUGCUGGAAAUUGAGGAAAACAGAGGCACGAAAGCUUAUACGCCCAACACCCCGGCUGUGGCUAUCAGUAGACUCGGUUCUGCAAACCAGACUUUCAAGUCUGGCACAAUUGAGGAGCUUUCUCAGUACGAUUCAGGCGAGCCCUUGCACUCUUUGGUAAUCCUGGGUAGACAGUGCCAUGAGCUGGAGAUCGAAUAUCUGCUGGAGUUUGCUGAAAGCAAAGACGCCUUCAGACAAGCGGUGAUCCAAGAUCAGGAAUACUUCAAACCGGCGCCUUGGGUGCCACCUUCCGAGGACCAGGACUUCUAG